AUGGAGUCUGCAAUUCGUGAACGUGUCGAGCACUGGUUCUCGAAGCGCGGAGGAGAGGGCGAGGAGGCAAGCGGCGACUCGUCCGCUCCUUCCGGAACAGACGAAGAAAUGCUCAAGGCUGCAGGAGAAGAAAUGGUUGAGCUCAUUCUGGACGGCCGCCAGUUCAAGUCCGUUAGUGAAGAAGCGGCUAAGCUCCUCGAGAAAUUGACGGUUCUCGGCAAGUUGACGUGCAAUCAAACCGGUCUCCACUCCGUCGAAGGCUUUCCGGUCAUGCCCAGUGUCAAAACACUGGAGCUCACGGACAACCACAUCUCCGCAGGACUGGAGGCUCUGGUCAAGUCUUUCCCUAACCUCAAAAGACUCCAGUUGGGCGGAAACUACUUCCGAACGUAUGAGGUCCUCGAGCCCCUGAAAGGCUUGGAGAACCUCGAGCACCUGGGCCUCGACAUGAGUCCAAUCAGCACCUCCAGCGACUAUCGUCACAAGGUUUUUGAAUUGUUCCCGCGCCUACUCGUCCUCGACUCGACAGACAAGGAAGGCAAAGAGGUUGAGGCUGCGGAUUCGGACGACGAAGACGAGGAGGAAUACGAAGACGAUGAGGAAGCGGACACGACCUUGAAGGACUUUUAUGAGAAGGACCUGGAAGAGGACGACGAUGAAGACGAAGACGACUUCAAUCCCGAGGGCGAGGAAGAAGAGGACGAAGACUUCGAUGAAGAAGAGGAGGAGGACGGCGAAGAGGGCCCGGCGGGUGAAGACGGAGAAGGCGCAGAGGGUGAAGUGGACAUGAAGAAGAGGCAAAACGAAGCGGAUGAUAGCGAGGCGAACUCAGCGAAGCAGCCGCGAUUGAACUAG